UUUUUUUCAAGAAAAGCUCGCGGAACCUUUUGAAACGACCAAAGCUGUAAACGUCAUUAAUCAGAAAGUCGAAAAGUAAAAAGAUGCCUGUAAUCAAAAUCGGGUUAAGUCAUGCCUUUUUAGGAAUUGAUCGUCAAACAGACAAAUUUGAUAACCCCUAUUGCAAUGAUAAUUCUAUUGAACAUCCACAAAAUUUUAUACAGCAUUCUACCAAUGUGGAAGCACAACCAGCAAGAGAAAGUAUCUACCAGCGUCUUUUUGGCUUUUUUAAAACCCUCAACAGUGCUACACCAUUUGAAGUGUGCCAUAUGCAUUUUGUGAUCCUUGCGAUUUAUCCUUUUACAAAGGUAGAAGCACUUUUUUUUUUUGUCAUUACUACCCAAAAGAUUAUCUUCCGUAAUGCUAUGUUAAACGUUCAUUCUCGAAAGGGCAAUAACAUUUGCAAGUGUUCUUUUGACCUUGAUGAUUACUGUCUCAAUAUUGGUUUCGAGAAUUGUGUAAAAGGAAAUAGAUCUACAAAACACGAAGAUGAUUACCGUAUCGUAAAUCCUUGUGAAUGUGAUUUCGAAUACCCUGUCCUUUUUACCAAAAGGCUAAUUGACCUCCUGUCACAAUAA